ACAGACCUCCGUGUCCAGCCCCAGCCGAGCCCAAGUCCCAGCCUGUAUAAAGCGAACGUCUUGGGUUUCUAAAGUAGACAGAAAUCAGCUGUUCGUCAUGGAUUAUCUACGAGUGAUCUUUGCCUCUGCUCUUUUCUGUGCGUCACUGCUACCUGGUGACUGCAUCACAGGAGGUAACGAGGCUACACCACACUCUCGCCCCUACAUGGUCUCGCUGCAGCUGCAAGGCAAACACCAGUGUGGUGGAUUUCUCAUCUCCAGUCAGUGGGUCAUGAGUGCUGCUCACUGCUUCCAAGAUAGCACAGAUUUUCAGAUGGUGUUGGGUGCUCAUUCACUUUCUCAGCCAGAGGACACAAAACAGACCUUCAGCAUUGCUGCCUUCUAUACCCACCCCGACUUCAAGUCCAAGACCUAUGACAAUGAUAUUGCUUUAAUCAAGCUAAGUCAGCCAGUCAGAGAGACUGCUGCAGUGAAACCAGUGAAGUUCCAGAAGGCAGGUGGCACUGACCUUUCUACAGGUGAUAAUGUGGACACUGCUGGGUGGGGCGCCAACAAUUUGGGCGAACGACUAGACAAACUGCAGGAGGUGACUGUUCCUGUUGUGGCCAGAUAUAUCUGUUCCCGUGGCAGCUCCUAUGGUGCAGCCUUCACAGACAACAUGGUUUGUGCUGCCAAAGCUCGCAUGGACACCUGUGAUGGUGAUUCUGGUGGUCCUCUGCUCUACAAGGGCAUUGCUGUGGGGAUAACUUCAAAUGGAGGAAAGAGUUGUGGCAACAGCAAAAAACCCGGGCUCUAUACUGUCAUAUCUCGCUACGACGCCUGGAUCACCCAAACUAUGACCAACUAGCACAGAAUCAAAAAGCGAGUAAUUUUGUUAGCAUCGUACUUGUUUAUUGAUCUUGAUGUAUUGCCAUAGAGAUCAUGCCUGGCUUAGACAUUCUGUUCCUUAUUGUGUCAUAUCUUCUUCAUGCAGUCAUAAUGAGAGAUGGUCUCACUGCUGAAUUUCGCCAAAUCUGUGUUAUGCAAUUGUUCUUGUUUUCCUAAUGUUUGCAAUUAUGAAACACUAUGCAGCUCCUAUCCAAAUAAAUGUGUGCAUGUGCCAGUGA